CCACUCUUUCUUCCGUGUCCAUCAUUUCCUCCAAAACACUCAUAAAAGAUUUUAAAGAAAAAAAAAGCCUCAACAAUGGCUGCCUCAAGCUCUGCUCUUAGAACAACCAUUUCUCCUGUGAAACUAGGUAACCCCAGAUCUUCAUCAUCAUCAUCUUCAAACUUCAUUUCAAGGACCAAUUCCCUGUUGCACGCUUCAUCUUCGUACCUCAUCAAAAACUCAUCUUUAACUCUUAGUCACAAGCUUUUUACAUCAAACUGCAAUGCUUUCUCAGUUACCAAACGAUCUUUCACUUGCAAAAGCCAGGCUAUUCCUUCUGAUAACUCAACACCCAACAAAGUUCAAGAAUUGCAUGUUUAUGAGAUCAAUGAGAGAGAUCGUGGCAGUCCAGCUUAUCUUCGUUUGAGUCAGAAACCUGUUAACUCUCUUGGUGAUCUGGUCCCUUUUAGCAACAAAAUAUACACCGGCGACUUGCAGAAACGGAUAGGAAUAACAGCAGGGAUAUGCAUUUUAAUCGAGAACAAACCGGAAAAGAAAGGUGACCGGUACGAGGCGAUCUUCAGCUUUUACUUUGGGGACUACGGCCACAUUGCGGUGCAGGGGCCAUACUUGACAUACGAGGACACGUAUCUGGCUAUUACUGGAGGGUCAGGGAUAUUUGAAGGGGUGAGCGGUCAGGUAAAGCUGCAGCAAAUUGUUUUCCCCUUCAAGAUUUUCUACACAUUUUAUUUGAAGGGCAUAGGUGAAGUCCCAGAAGAGCUGCUUUGCAAGCCUGUUGAGCCCAGCCCAGCUGUUGAAGCCACCCCAGCUGCUAAGGCUUGUGAGCCACAUGCCACCAUUGCAAAUUUCACUAGUUAAAUUUUAUUUUAUUUUAGUAAAUCAAAGAAAUAAAUGUUUUGUGCUUUUUAUUAAUGUAAUGGGAUGAGUUUUGGCUUUUAUUUAUAAGAGAAUUUUGCAUUUUUUGCU